AUGGAUGAAUACCUCUCCACGCCUCAAGGCCUACGCGGCACUCGGGACCAUGACAAUAUGGCGCCUACCUCCCCUGGUUCCGCGAGCAUGGCAGAAUCAACGCCGGACCACCAGGACAUGGAUGCACUCUCCCAGAUUUCUGCGGACCUGGCAGCCAUCUCCGCGAGCAUGCUCACCCGCAAAGACAAAGCCGAGAUGGUUGCAGAGCUCCGGUCAGUAAUACGAGAAGAAAUCGAGGCGGUCAGGAGCAACCUCACGGCCCUGGAGCACCGGGUAGAUGACCUGGAAGUCGACCGCAUGUAAGCGGAGCAGCACAGCCAAGCGGCAGACCUGGCGGCCACCAGGCAGGGCAAUAUCAUUCUCAACCUCAGGAGACAGGUAGAAGACCUCGACAACAGGGCCCGACUAAACAAUAUCCGGGUCCGAGGCAUCCCAGAAACAGAAGGGGAUAACCCUCAUGGAAUGCUCACGAGCCUGUUCUCCCAGUUAUUAGGUGACAAGGCACAGUCAGAUUUUGGCAUCGAGAGAGCCCAUCGGGCCUUGCGUGCCCCAGUCGGGACGGACUACCCAGGGAUGUAA